CUUGAUACAAACGCACUCACUCUAGCUAAAAAAUAUACAAAUCCACAAAUAACUAUCAAAGUGACUAGAAUUAGCCCAGUCGAGUGGCCAGGUAAUCAUUGACACUGAUUCGUAAUGAAACAUCAGGAAGCGAGACUAAGAAUUCAAUGCUUUUAGACAAGCUCGUCACAAAGAUAUUGGAUAUUGAAAACUGUAGUAACGGUUCCGAAUAUGUCCGCUACAUUGUAGUCCAGUUUGUAACUUUGAUGCGAACUGAUCUUCUGCAUAAAUACUUUCACCUGUUAGUUGUAUCCCAUCUUCGGUCAUUAAAAUCCUAUCAAUGGAGGACGAAGAAGUUAUCAAUAGAGAUGUAAAUCUCACAGGCUGUGGAGCUAGUUGGGCGUGUGAUCCAAGAAGACGUCCUCAUCGCUAUAUCGUGUUAUUCUUCAUUUGUUUCCUUUGUUUUGGAAGCUAUUUUUGUUAUGAUAAUCCUUCAGCUCUUCAAGAUGUCUUCAUAAACUCUUUAGACAUGACAAAGGUUGAAUUUAUGAAUUUGUACGCAUUUUACUCAUGGCCAAAUGUAAUUCUAAGUUUUGUAGGUGGUUUUCUUAUCGAUAGAGUAUUUGGUAUCCCAUGGGGAAGCAUUAUUUUUUCAAUGUUUGUACUUGUGGGGCAAAUAAUAUUCGGUAUAGGAGCUUAUUUUAAAAGUAUUCCUGCAAUGUAUUUUUCCCGAUUAAUUUUUGGGAUCGGUGGUGAAUCACUCGCUGUUGCACAGAAUACUUAUUCAACUGAAUGGUUUCCACCGAAUGAGUUAAAUCUAGUAUUUGGACUUCAACUUAGUAUGUCACGUAUUGGAUCAACAGUGAACAUGGUAACAAUGCAACCACUGAAUCGAGCUAUUGGCAAAUACUUCAAUAUACAUCUUAAUAAACAAUUGGGUGCAUCUUUAUUGACUGCUUCUGUUACCUGCUUAUUUUCUACUCUCUGUGCUCUAAUUAUGUUGUUUUUUACAAAAAGAGCUAAACGUAUUCUAUCAGCUAGUGGAAAACCUCAUUCACUAAAUACUCAACUUAUUGAAUCUAAUCUACCUGAAAUAUCUAAUCAUGAAGAAGAAGAACAGUUACUCACAAAGAAAACAGAAAAUCAAACCAAAAAGAUCUCCCCUAUGGAUGUUAUUCAUUUUCCAGGAGCUAUUUGGCUUAUUUGUAUCAUUUGUGUAGCGUAUUACGUAACAGUCUUUCCAUUUGUUAGUUUAGGACUAGUAUUUUUCGAAAGAAAAUUUGGUUUAUCUGUUCAAGAUGCUAGUGUUGUUAACAGUAUUAUCUACAUUAUAUCCGCUGUGGCAAGUCCUUUAUUUGGAGCAGCAAUUGAUAUUAUCGGAUAUAAUUUAUAUUGGUUAUUCAGUGGAAUAUUAAUUACACUUGGUUGUCAUUUAUGCUUUGCUUUUACGAGUGGUCAGAUUCCCCCAUUAGCUAUUAUGAUUGUGAUGGGUUUGUCUUAUUCUAUUCUGGCUAGUAGUUUAUGGCCAAUAGUUGCUUAUGUAUUGCCAUUGCAUCAAAGAGCCACAGCUUAUGGUUUAAUUUCAUCAAUUCAAAAUUUAGGACUUGGAUUAAUUUCCAUAUUUGCUGGAUAUUUAGUUGAUACCAAAGGCUAUUUAUUCCUUGAAGUAUUUUUCAUCUUCUGUCUCAGUAUUGCUAUUACUGCUACAUUUGGUUUACUUAUAUGGGAUCAUCGUUUUGGCACAUGUUUAUUAAAUGAAUCUGGUGUAAGUAGACGGUCUAAAAAUCUCAUGACCAAAAUUGUUGAUGAUAGCACUGUAAGCCAUACAUCACUGGAACCAGUUAUUACUUGAUGAAUAGAUAUCUGUAUGUAGUGAUGAUAAUAAUAUGAUGUUGAACUUUAAAAUUUACUUCAUCUCUCAUAUUCUAUCAUAAAUGAUUUUCAACUAGACUUAUUACUUUAUUUUAUGUAUCUUGCACGAUUAGUUAAAUUUGAUUCAUAUGUUCUAUAUAAGUUCAUUCAAUCAACUAUUGAGGUGAAUAUUUUUUGUACAACAACAGCUGAAAUUCCUCAUGGAGGUAUAACAGUUUAAUUUCUAUCUUAUUUUAACGAUAAAUAUUCAAUUAUGUUCCGUGUUUUUCACUUCAUGUCUUUUGUAAAUCAUGAAUUCUAUGUACUUUUUAAAAUUUUAUUUGUGAUUUGAUUUCAUGAUAAGUAUUGGAUAUUCCUUUUGAUUAUAUAAAAUGUUUUGUAAUUACAGUUUACCCGCAUUAAACUGGGAGUAAUCUGAUUUUUUUUCAAUCAUGCUGUUCGUAUGCAUAGUUUACCCUACUUAUGAUUGUUUCAAUGUUAAAUGGUUGGGAUCAGUUGGCAAUUGAGCUAUACUUGUGAUUAGCGUUCCCCAAGUCUUCUAUACUAUCUUCUGUAUAAACCCUUUUCAUCUUUCAGGUAGUAUUAUCAUGCUGUUGAGACGAUAACUUGCGACUUUAUAGAGUAUUUGCUAUGAUCUUCAAUUCAGUAAAUCACUUCUGGCUCAGUCGAUUUUGCAGGUAUAGACGAUUAAGAAUAAGUA